AUGGCCGGCCGAUUAUCAAUCUCUUGGAGCUAUCUACUGUCACCAUUGCUAGGAGCAUAUCUGCCCUCCUUUGUCGCAAACUCACUUGGUAUCCGUGCAUCAGCCACGCCAGAAGCAGACGAUCAGUGGGCAGGCAACAAAACGUUUUUCGACCCUGGAGCUUACCAGACCCGCCUCGCAGUCGUAUCAAUCGAAAAUGGUCACGUUCAGAAGAUCCUCCAGCAAUGUCGGAAACAUGAUGUCAAGUUCACUGGUCUCCUUCAUCAGCUUAUAGUGCAGGCUUUGAGCAAAGAAGUAUCCCCUGAAAAAGCAGGUUGCUUUGUGUCACAGACUGCUGUUGACCUACGAUCACACCUCACCGGUAUCACUGAUAGUGACAUGGCACUAUGCCCGACCGCAUACUAUGAGCUGUUCACAAGGACCGUGCAAGGCGACACAUCGAAAGAAUCGAAUCCAAUGACCGAAGCUUUCUGGGAUGCAGCACGUUUGACGACUAAGAAUCUGGCUCAAUGUGCCGGCACACUCAACGAUCAGCCAGUCGGACUACUGGCAUACCUUCGUGAUAUGUACCCAUGGACCAGAGGCCAAGUCGGCAAACGCAGAGAAUGUUCCUACGAACUCAGCAACAUCAUGUCCUUCAAUCCUGGGCCCUUCAAAGCAGAAAAGAGAUGGCACAUUGAGUCCAUGAUUUUUUCACAGCCCGCGAAUGUGGGUUCUGGCUGUCUGAACUUCAACGUCGUCUCCAGAUAUCAGGGCGAUCUUGCGAUCGUCAUAUCAUGGCAAGCAGGUGCUUUGGAUGUACAAGACGAGCAGUCGUUUGCAGAGAAUGUGGGUAAUCACAUUGCCACUUCUUUGCAGUCCUUCGAUUUCUUCCAUGCCGACGCAUGA